CUCCCCCCCCCCCCCUCUUUCCCUUUUUCUAGACUCCACCGGAGGCGAAGGGCGCCACCACCGCCGCGACGGCCAUGGACGACGACGCCGCCUCGGAGAUCAGCGACUGGGAGGUGCUCUCCGCCGCCUCCGCCCACGGCGGCGGCGGCGAAGACGACGGGGAGGACUUCGUGGUGCUCGUGCCCGGCGAGGGCGGCGGAGGCGGGGACGUCCUGCACGACCACUUCGCCCUCGUCGCCCCCUCCGACGUCGACGGGUUCCCCGGCGAGGAGGGCUCGUGGUCGGGGCUCCUCUCCGACCCCGGCGACAAAGGGAAGGGGGAAGGGUUUGAUUCGGUUCCGGAAGGGAGAUUGGAUCCUCUUGUUGAGGAGGAUUGGAGCGAGGAGCGGUUGCGAUUCGGUGGCGGGGUUGAGGAGGCGAGCGGAGAACCCUCGGUUCUUGCCGCUGCCUCGCCAUGCGGAGAGGUGAGGCGAGAGGAGGCGGCUCAGCGGGAGAUUGAGCAGGGGAAGGAAGCGGAUGGGACGGGAGAGGAUUUGGAUCCUGACGUAAUUGUGGUUGCAGAAUUAUCCCGACUCGAAUCACCGGAGAAUUCCGAUGUGCAACUGGAAGUGGAAGAUGGAGGAAGCUCACUUCCUGAAGCUUCUGAAAUAGGUGAUGCAUUGGGGUUUGUCCAAGAGGCGCUGGUGCAAUGGAAGAGUGGUGAUGUCACAUCCGGCUGCGGUGAACCGGAAGGCGAAGCGAAGGAUGGUUCUUUGCCUCUGGCACAAUCCCCGGUUGCUGGAGAAAUCUCACUCGCUGAAGCUGCUGCGGUAGGCGAUGCGAUGGGGGCUGUCGACAGCGGUAAUGCCGCUUCCGGUUGCGGUGAACAGGAUGGUGAGGCAAAGGAUGGCUCUUCCUUGCCUCUGGCGCGAGCCCCGGUUGCCGAUGGAGGAGAGAAGCAGGUGGUUGUGUGGUGGAGGCUGCCGUUCAGGCUGCUGCAAUGCUGUGCUUGGAAGGUGAAGCCGAUUUGGUCCUUCUCCAUUGCCGCCGCAUUGCUGGGGCUAUUCGUGCUGGGGAGGAGGAUGUACAGGAUGAGGCGCAAGGCCCGGGGACUUCCCCAUAUUAAGAUUGCAUUUGAUGAUAAGAGAGCCUCUCAGUUUGCAGACCGUACAGCUCGUCUCAACGAAGCCUUCUUUGUGGCAAGACAUAUACCUAUGCUGAGGACUUCUUCUGGUGCUGUGUUCCCGUGGUCAAUGGUUCAAUAAAAGAUGAACCAGCCUACACAAACCUUCAUAAAAGGAAGAUAAUGUGUUACGUAGUUAGCAGCAGAUCUGCAUGAGGAACACUAGUAAGAGCAAGAGCAUCUGAGUUGGUAUUUGCCCCGAUAUUUUUCUCGUCGGGGCACCAAUGUAUGUCGAUGCCUGAGAUAGUAGAUGUUCCUUUUGAUUUCUAAGCUGCCAUACCACAUCUUGUUUAUUUUGUCCCCCCCCCCCCCCUUUCUUUUUUUUUUUACCCAUUUGCCUUGUUAUUAGGUCAAGUUCUGAAGUGUCAGUGUAGUCCUGGACUUUUGUCAGUUGCUCUGUAUGUGUUUAUUAUAGUGUUACAGUUCUCCCACCAUCAAUCCAGUGAAAGCUAAAUUCUUCAGAUCUAUAUGCACUUUA